GAUAAGAAGCUUCCCGCCGGUACGUACCCCACAUGCUACCCGUACGUCAAAUCGAGUUCGAAGCUUCCAUGACCUCGACAUUGCAAUAUCCAAACACUCAACGCCUUUCUUGUUGAGUUCUUCUACGAUCCAGUUCCAUACGCUGAGCUUUUGCCAGACCAAAAGAACAUCCAUUAAAGCUGGGUGGCUCGUGUCCGUACUGCACAGGUUUCCGAAGCAUUCAUGUCUCCGCUGCCGGACCACAUGCUUGUACAAUGAUCCGGAUAGGAGCUAUUCAGCAUUUGCCCUGAGCCUUCUACAACCGACAGUGGCAGGAGGGGACGUUGAUAUGAACGGCCUGUCACUAGGCUCACAGGAAAUUUCUUCGCUGAGUACGGCGAACGCCCAGACUUGGGCACACCGCCAUAACGAAAAAGAUGGCACCCAGUUCUUUCUUGCAAUCAGACGCUCGGCUCCACCGUGAGGAAGACUGGACUCUCUCUCGAACAUCUUCAGUUCAGGCUAGCUCAUCAAAGAGUCCUAGGCCAGCUUCUCUUGACGGCAACGCCACCCGUGGCACUCCAGAAACCAAUAUACAACAGUCGGGGUCUACUGGGUCCCACCGACGAUUUGUCUUUACCGACCCCAUAGCGUUCAGGUAUCUCGAAGAUGACUCGUCAACGAUUGUAUUGGAGCGCCGGGGGCAGCUUAAAGGCUACCAGCUAUACUUGGUUGAGCAAUGGGCAUGCUCUCGCGUACAUCCCACAUUCGUCAUAACGACUUUUACAGGAGACCCUACACAUACCGUUCUGGUUGGAGUCUUGGGUGUGCCGGCCAAUGAGGAUGCCUGGUCUCCACGUCUCCGGGUUUACUUCAAGGCAAUAUCCCAAUUCCACGCAAGGCCGAAAGAAACACCUCUCGGGAUGCUUAUGGUCACAAAUCUGAGUGGUUUCCCUUCAGCUCUGACCGUCAUUCCCGUGCCAGAUGGCGAUAUCAAGAGCCAUCGAGAGGAUUUUAUUGUCAAUGAAAAUCUGAAGAGGCUGGGGUGCUCAGGACGGUCCGGCUUGAGUCUCGCUCAGCCAGUGGCCGCCACACAAGCCAAAUUCCAGCAGCUGUACAAGACAAGCGACCGCAUCGACCUGUACAGUGCCGUCAUUGAGUUGGUGAAGCUCUGUCAAGUUGCUUUGAUGAUGUUUGGGAAGUUAGAGCAAGAAUACGCAGAUGGUUUACUUUGUGACGUUACGGAAAGGGCCAUCAACGACUGGUGGACUGAAUUUGGGUCUGAAUAUUAUAAUAUCGAGCCAGCCGAUGGCAUCCUUGGUCCAACAACGGUAGCCGCCCUCAUUGGCAUGCUGAUGGGUGCUCGGAAUCGUCUGAAUUACUGCGGUGCGCCUGUCGCAAAGGAUGCCUUCGACAUCACCAGUCUAAAACGCGGCAUCGCUUACUUUCAAAAAUCUCAAAAGUUGGAGCGUACUCGCAGGCUUGAUAGGCAGACUCUUGCGUGCUUGCGCCGAUGCACAGCAAAGGCCGCAGCUGGUGAAGGUUGGGCAGUGCCAAAGGCUGUGAAGUCCACAGUGGUCGAGCUCAGUGGAAAGGGCGGUGAGAUGAUGAUGGGUAUGGUUGGAGCGCGUGACAAGGCUGGCAUUGGGGACAUAGAGACCCUAGACAUCGACCGAUUGGUAUCACUUGUUAAUGGCGACCGUUCAAAAUGGCUAUGGUAUGGGAAACAAAAGAGGACCGGAACUGGAGACAACUUCGGGAAAUCAUUGCCCGAGAAUGGAAAUAUGGUUUUCAGUCGGGAUACGUCUGGCGGUUACGUAUGGUCCAACAGGAAAAAUGAACCUACCCCCGUUGAGGACGACGAUGAGUUGCGAAGAGAGAAGACCGCAAACUCCAUUUAUCCAGUUCGAUCUCCAGGAUCGGCGGUUAGUCUGUCUGAACCGUCAAACGAGAGGGAUCCGCAGCUCCGCAAAACAGUGUUCAAGAGCGUGACAGGCAAAAUGAAUGAUGCACGCUCUGGCUUUGGGCGUAUAAAGGACGCUGUUGGAUUAAGGGGCCAUGCUAGCAGGCAUUCAAAAGAUGAGGGAAUAGAGGGGGAGGGUGGCUAUUAUCUCACCCCUGGCACUGCAAACUUCGAUCCCAACACUGGAACUUCCGCUACACCGGGGAACAUGGGAAAGGCUUUCUCGUGGAAAACCAAGCCUGAGGAGUAUCAGGGCGGAUAUCGGAAGGACCAGUAUCCACUGUUAACGACAACUCCAUCGGCCAUAGCACGGGAAUCGGCCAGAGUACGAGACUCGGAAUCCCCUUCGAGUGACAAUAAAGUCAAUAUUCAGCAAGGAUCAGACACAUCACAAGCUGAUAAAUUACCAUCAAAGCUUGAAAAGAAAGUCACCCCACCUGCCAAGCCGGCGAUUGUCAAUGGCGAAGUCGCCACUGCUGAACCUUCCAUCAAUGGGUCCGCCAGCGGUAAUGCAGAUCUAGAUGAGCCACCCCAAGUUACACAGCGCCGUCCGAAUAACAUGUUCAUUUACAGGCGCAGGAGCGUUGCCAAUGUGGAAUCUGUAUACGAGCAGACCCAAAACGAGGCACGAUGGCCCCGCCAUCUGUCCUUCAGUGACGUAUCAGAGGCUGUUUUGAAGUGGCAAGAUAUAAGUGCUCCUGCGGGCAGGACAGGCUAUACCUUUGGCCCACGAUAUGUGGCCGAAGACGAGAAUAGACUACAUGAUAGAGUCCUAGAACUCAACAUCAAUGUUAGCGAGUGGGUAAAAUCCAAGGUUGCAAGCGUCGAGGCCCUCGAAGCCCAGGCUAUGGAGGACCAAGAGGAGUUUCAAAGACUAUAUUACGAGCUCAGCGAGAAUUAUCAUAAUAUCCAGGAGAGCUCGCAGGAUCUGUUGGCGGAAGAACGCGCUCGCCUUGUGGAGGGAACAAACAAGAUUGAGGUAUUGGAGGCCAAGUUGGAAUAUGAGAUCAAUGCACUUGUGUCCAAGGUUGCAGACGUUGAAGAUGGCGUCGCUCAGUUUGAGACCCAGGUUGACAACCUUGAAUCUCACGCUACGGAGUUGGAGCAGCUGCUACAGACUGAGGGCUGGCUGCAUUGGGCAGUGAGGACAUUUACGGGUAUUGGAAUAGGACCACACACGGUGGAUGCAUAGCCAGGCGAUGUAAUAUAGUUCACUUAAUGA